AUGCCCUCGCACCAGCCUGUUGCCGGCGACGAGGCCGUCAAGCCCGAGUUCCUCUCGGAGCAGCCCUCGUCCAUGGCGAAGACUUCGGAGCCCAACCGCAACCCGAAGUACGACCCGGCCAAGAAGCACAUCACCGAGUACCCCAUCACCCGUCAGAACUGGUACAAGCAUGUCGACUGGCUCAACUGCUUCUUCAUCGGCGGUAUUCCGCUGAUGGGCUGCAUCGCCGCUUUCUGGACUCCUCUUACCCUCAAGACGCUCCUUUGGUCUAUCCUUUACUACUACUGGACUGGUCUUGGCAUCACUGCCGGAUACCACCGUCUCUGGUCUCACACUUCUUUCAAGGCCACUCUGCCUCUGCAGAUUUUCCUUGCUCUCGUCGGUGCCGGUGCUGUUGAGGGUUCCAUCAGGUGGUGGUCCCGCAACCACCGUGCUCACCACCGCUACACUGACACGGACAAGGACCCCUACUCCGUCCACAAGGGUCUCCUGUACUCGCACAUCGGUUGGAUGGUCAUGAAGCAGAACCCGAAGAGGAUUGGCCGGACCGAUAUUUCGGAUCUGAACGACGACCCUGUUGUUGUCUUCCAGCACCGCCACUACGUCAAGCUCGUUCUCUUCAUGAGCUUGAUCUUCCCCACUCUUGUUGCCGGUCUCGGCUGGGGUGACUGGAAGGGCGGUUUCAUCUACGGCGGCAUCCUCCGCAUCUUCUUCGUCCAGCAGGCCACCUUCUGCGUCAACUCCCUCGCCCACUGGCUCGGUGACCAGCCCUUCGACGACCGCAACUCUCCUCGUGACCACGUCCUGACGGCUCUGGUCACUCUCGGUGAGGGCUACCACAACUUCCACCACGAGUUCCCCAGCGACUACCGUAACGCCAUCGAGUGGUUCCAGUACGACCCCACCAAGUGGUGCAUCUGGACCUGGAAGCAGCUCGGCCUCGCCUACGACCUGAAGCAGUUCCGCGCCAACGAGAUCGAGAAGGGCCGUGUCCAGCAGGCUCAGAAGAAGCUUGACCAGAAGCGUGCCAAGCUCGACUGGGGUGUCCCUCUCGACCAGCUUCCCGUCAUGGAGUGGGACGACUACGUGGACCAAGCCAAGAACGGCCGCGGUCUUAUUGCGAUUGCCGGUGUUGUCCACGACGUUACCGACUUCAUCCAAGAUCACCCCGGUGGCAAGGCAAUGAUCCGCUCCGGUCUCGGCAAGGACGCCACCGCCAUGUUCAACGGUGGUGUCUACGACCACUCCAACGCCGCCCACAACCUGCUUUCCACCAUGCGUGUUGGUGUCAUUCGCGGCGGUUGCGAGGUCGAGAUUUGGAAGCGCGCCAACCAGACCAAGGGUGUUGAGUACAUCAAGGACUCGCACGGCCAACGUGUGGUUCGUGCUGGUGAGCAGCCUACCAAGGUUCGCCAGCCCAUGGUCAGCGCUGGCGCGGCAUAG